AUGGCAAAUUUAAAAUCCGAUUUGGAUGACUACUUGUUGCAAAACGAGAACCGAAGAAGUUACAAAUUUGGAUUACCGUCAUUCUCAACGCCAAGUUUCUUGUCUCGAAGCAACGAUGAAUCUCCAACUAGUACUAGUUCCACGAGUACCUGGUUUCAGAGUGUCCAAAAGGAAUAUUUUACUUUGAGUCGGACACAAAGAUUCUUGGGCUUUGGUAUUUGCUUGUGCCUUGGUAUAUUAUGCUUUAUUCUUUCAUUCCUAUAUAUACCACUUUUAUUACUAAAAGCCAGAAAAUUUGCAUUACUAUUUACUCUAGGGAGUUUGUUCUUAAUUUUCAGUUUUAGCUUCCUUUAUGGACCAUGGUCUCACUUCAAGUCGUUAUUCUCCAAGGAGAAAGCCCUGACAACUUCCUUAUAUAGCUUUACACUAAUAGCAACACUUUAUUGUGCUUUGCACUUACAAAGCACUCCGCUGACAAUAGUCUGUGCAGUGGGACAAGUCUUAGCACUCUUGUGGAUGAUGAUGGGCUCAAUACCUGGUGGCUCUUCGGGGAUGAGGUUCUUCGGCAAUAUGUUCAAGUCAUCAGUGUCUAAUACAUUGCCAAUAUAA